UCCACCCGGUCUCUCAUAAAACCCUAGAGAGAGAAAUAUCCAUUUCUUGAGUCUCAUUCAGAUUCUCAUCUUCUCGAUCACUGUUGCUGGGUGAUUUUUGUUGAGUUGGCAAAAAUGGGAGGAGGAGGGUUUAGGGUGCUGCAUCUGGUGAGACCGUUCCUUUCAUUUCUGCCAGAGGUGCAGAGUGCUGACCGGAAGAUUCCAUUUAGGGAGAAGGUGAUAUACACUGUGAUCUCUCUUUUCAUAUUUCUGGUGUGUAGUCAGCUGCCUCUAUAUGGGAUACACUCUACCACGGGUGCAGACCCAUUCUACUGGAUGCGUGUUAUUCUUGCCUCCAACCGUGGGACUGUCAUGGAGCUGGGGAUUACACCCAUUGUGACUUCUGGACUGGUGAUGCAACUGUUGGCUGGCUCUAAGAUCAUUGAAGUGGACAACAGUGUCCGUGAGGAUCGUGCACUCCUAAAUGGUGCUCAGAAGCUGUUGGGAAUCCUGAUUGCUGUGGGUGAGGCUGUUGCUUAUGUGCUAUCAGGGAUGUAUGGCAGUGUUGGCCAACUUGGUGUAGGGAAUGCCAUUCUCAUAAUUGUUCAACUUUGCUUUGCUGGGAUUAUUGUGAUAUGCUUAGAUGAACUUCUCCAAAAGGGAUACGGUCUUGGUUCUGGGAUUUCCUUAUUCAUAGCUACCAAUAUCUGUGAAAGCAUUAUCUGGAAAGCAUUUAGCCCAACAACUAUCAACAGUGGUCGUGGUGCUGAAUUUGAAGGUGCUGUUAUUGCUUUAUUCCAUCUGCUAAUAACUAGGACAGAUAAAGUCCGUGCUCUCCGGGAGGCUUUCUACCGUCAGAAUCUUCCAAAUGUUACGAAUCUUCUUGCUACAGUCUUGAUCUUCCUUAUUGUUAUCUACUUCCAAGGUUUUCGUGUGGUUUUGCCUGUAAGGUCCAAAAAUGCUCGUGGACAACAGGGUUCUUACCCAAUAAAGCUAUUUUACACCUCCAAUAUGCCUAUCAUUCUUCAGUCUGCACUUGUCUCAAACCUGUAUUUUAUCUCCCAGCUAUUGCACCGGAGGUACAGUACCAAUUUCUUUGUAAAUUUAUUGGGCAAGUGGAAGGAAUCUGAAUAUUCUGGUCAGUCUGUUCCUGUCGGUGGUCUUGCUUACUAUGUCACUGCACCAUCAAGCUUGGCAGAUAUGGCAGCCAAUCCCUUCCAUGCUCUUUUCUAUUUGGUGUUUAUGCUGUCUGCCUGUGCAUUGUUCUCAAAAACUUGGAUUGAAGUUUCUGGAUCUUCUGCCAAAGAUGUGGCCAAGCAGCUCAAGGAGCAACAAAUGGUGAUGCCUGGGCAUCGCGAUUCAAAUUUACAGAAGGAGCUGAAUCGUUACAUACCCACUGCAGCGGCCUUUGGGGGUGUAUGCAUCGGUGCAUUAACAGUCUUGGCAGACUUCAUGGGAGCAAUUGGCUCAGGGACCGGAAUUCUUCUUGCAGUUACGAUCAUUUAUCAGUACUUCGAGACAUUUGAGAAGGAAAAAGCCAGUGAACUAGGUUUCUUCGGUUUCUAAGCCUUAGUGUCUUCGGCAAAGACUUGGUUGUCCCAUAAUGAUUCCAUGACAAUUUUGCUUUAGAGAGAUGAAUGUAGUCUUCCCUUGUUAGCAAUACCAUGGAUAGAGAAUGAGGCUAACGUUGUAGCGUUGUUAAGUACUGGUGACAUCUUUUUGUUACUUAACCCCCAAAAAAAAAACAAAAAAAAAAACUACUUUUCAUUACCUUUUUUUGGGGACUUCAUUAUGUUAUAAUAUUUAGAUAAAUAGACACAUUCUAUUGCAUUGAUCGAUCGGGCGCUUGUAGUGAUUGAGGGGGUCGAAGUAGCUGCGUUUCCAGCAAAACAACUUUUCCUAUAUUCAGUACAUGGG